GCGGCGGCCGGGCCCGCGCAGGAGGCGGGGUGAGAUGGCGGCUGCCGUGCCCGGCGCCUCCCGGGCCCGCGCCGCUGCCGCGCUGCUGCUGCUGCUGGGCUGCUGCGGCGCAGCGCUGCCCGGCGGCCUCCAGGAUCAAGCAGAGCAGUUUUUUAGAAGUGGACAUACAAAUAACUGGGCAGUUUUGGUGUGUACAUCUCGAUUCUGGUUUAAUUAUCGUCACGUGGCAAAUACUCUUUCAGUGUACAGAAGUGUCAAGAGGCUGGGAAUUCCUGAUAGUCACAUUGUCUUGAUGCUGGCAGAUGAUAUGGCAUGUAAUCCCAGAAAUCCCAAACCUGCUACUGUGUUUAGUCAUAAAAACAUGGAGCUAAAUGUCUACGGAGAUGAUGUGGAAGUGGAUUACAGAAGCUAUGAGGUUACUGUUGAAAAUUUCUUGCGUGUUUUAACGGGAAGAAUCCCACCAAGCACACCACGAUCUAAACGUCUUCUUUCUGAUGACAGAAGCAAUAUUUUAAUAUAUAUGACAGGCCAUGGUGGAAAUGGUUUCCUAAAAUUUCAAGAUUCUGAAGAAAUCACAAAUGUAGAACUUGCUGAUGCCUUUGAACAAAUGUGGCAGAAAAGGAGGUACAAUGAAUUGUUGUUUAUUAUUGAUACUUGUCAAGGAGCAUCCAUGUAUGAACGAUUUUAUUCACCCAAUAUAAUGGCCUUGGCUAGCAGCCAAGUAGGAGAAGAUUCUUUAUCACAUCAACCUGACCUGGGGAUUGGUGUUCAUCUCAUGGACAGAUACACCUUCUAUGUGUUAGAGUUCUUGGAAGAAAUCCAUCCUGCCAGUCAGACAAAUAUGAAUGACCUAUUUCAGGUCUGUCCAAAAAGCUUGUGUGUUUCCACGCCUGGGCACCGAACGGACCUGUUCCAGCGGGACCCUCAGAACGUUCUGAUCACAGACUUCUUCGGCAGCGUCAGGAAGGUGGAGAUCACCGCAGAGACGCUCUCCUUGGACCGGGACGUGGCUGGCUUGGAAAGCAAGUUUCCAGAGGAGUUGGCAACAGAGCCACUAAAAUAUGCUGAACAACUUCCUGUAGCUCAGAUAAUACAUCAGAAACCAAAACAAAAGGACUGGCAUCCUCCUGGAGGAUUUAUUUUAGGACUGUGGGCAUUGAUCAUCAUGGUUUUCUUCAAAACAUAUGGAAUCAAGCACAUGAAACAUGUCUUCUGAACUGGAGCAAACAAGAUACUUGCAUUGGCUGCUGCUUUGGGUUCAUGGGUAGCUCCUGUGUUAUCUGAAUGUGGAUUAUGGUUGUGUUCAAACACUGUGUUGACAUCUCACUUCUAAAGGUUCUUUUGAAGCCAUCUCUUCUGCCCCUUUUUCUGGAAAGAUUCUAAAAAAUGGUUUUAAUGUUACUGUUAUUUCACUUUUUCUUGAUUUAAACAUACUUUAAUGCUUUUCUGAGCAUAGUUUCUUUUUGGUUAAGCUUAAAAAAGGGCAGGACCUAAACCCAGUAACAGGACUUCUGUGGUUGCUUCUGGAUUGCAAAUGGGAAAAUUUCCACCAUAUUUUGAAGAAAAUCUUAGAAGCUAAGUCACGUCUUACUAAAGAACUGGACAUUGUGGAGAACGUUAUUUAAGAUGUCAUUCUGUCAAUAAAAACUUAACCCACUUCACAGACUUUGGCAUGGCAUAUUGAAAUUAUUUUUAUUUUUCUUCACAAAAAUAAAAAUACUCUGGAAUA